CCGAGGUCACCAAAUGAGAGUCCCACCAAACUGACGUCCACCGUCCCGCACCGAACCAGGCUCUGAUACCACUUGUCAAAAAUCGGGUUGCUCAAUUAGUACGAUAGUGUCCGCUUUAGGCCAAGCCCUCACGGUUUUACUCUUGAGUAUCCUCCCCAAAAGGCCGUGGUACUUGGAUUGUCCUCAUAACAAUCCUCCCCUCAAGACAAGGACCAUAAACUUUGUGUCCUCUCGUCAGCGAUUAUCUUGAUCCGCCAGACCACUUGUAUCGAUGGACUUCUCGGUACAAGGACUUUCCCCGACGCAGAACUCUCUUUGAUCUACUUCCCAAAUAAGGAACUCUCUUUGAUCCGCCAAGCCCAAACGUGGAUCUCUUCUGGAUCCACCAAACAUACGCGAAUCACCUUUGACCCGCCAGACAAAUGCAGAUCUCAAAUCCCGAGGUUACCAAAAGAGGGUCCAUCAAACCAGAUUCUGAUACCACUUGUCGAAAUCAGGCCGCUCCAUUAGUACGAUAUUGUUCGCUUUGGGCCAAACCCGCACGGUUUUACUCUUGGGUGCCCUCCCCAAAAAGCUUCGUACUAAUUGGGCUAGGUGGACACUAAUAUACAAGGGUUUCUUCCCUUAUAUUUCUAAUGUGGUACUUGGAUUGUCCCAUAACACCAACUUUGCCCAUUUGAAUUAAAAUCUAAUAUGAAAACUACGACUAUAAUGGCUUCUAUCAUUUCAUCAUAUGAAUAUGUAUAGGAAAUGAUAAUGUCGAAAAUUUAAAAUCACAAAACCUACAAUACUCUGUGUCUUACCAUCACUGAUACGAAUCAUACGGGUAUCAGAGGGUUAUAUGAUUCGUAUGAAAGGUGGUAAGAUACAGAUUUUGUAGGUUAUAUACCAUAAGUUCAUAACCCAAUACUAUAUUUAUUGCUAGGAAAUAUUUUACAACCCAUCACAAUUUCUAAUAUUUUACUACCAAACAUAUUUGCCUUUCACUUCUACUCCUUAAUACCGGAAUUUCUUGAACUAAUAAGUCACAACAAACUCACCCAUAUGCCGGAAAUGUUAGGAAAACAUCAAAACUGUCUUCCGGAUGAACUCAUUUGCGCGAAGUUGGCAGAGGAGAGUUACUGAGUUACCAAAAAAAAUCAUUCCUUGCCUACUCUCCCCUUUUUGUACGUUUCAUUAACCCGAUUCCAACUCCAUCUGGCUUGAAACUGGGAGUGGACCGCCGUGCAUUCGCAAGUCUUGGUCGUCGGCAGCUUCAACCACUGAAGAAGGUGAAAAGCCAACAAGGACCGGAAUCAGAUGCUAGAGAGUCAAUGUACCUGGACACAUUCUCCUCCUCCCACUAUGUCUAGACCCCUCUCCUUUCUCCUUAAUAACCCUUCCUCCCCUUUCCCCCGGACCUUCCCUCUCCGUCAGUUGUUUAUCAAUUCCACGCGCUCCCUUACUCCCUCCGCCGCACCAAUCUUCCGCCGCCCAUCCCUCAUGGCCGCUCUAUCCACCGUCUCCGUUCCCCACCCCGACAAAGAUGCCACUGCUGCUGUCACUCCAAAUUCCUCGCAGACCCAGCACCCGUUACAGGUUGCAAAGCGUUUAGAGAAGUUCAAAACUACUAUAUUCACUCAGAUGAGCAUGCUAGCUAUUAAACAUGGAGCAAUAAACCUUGGUCAAGGAUUUCCGAACUUUGAUGGCCCCGACUUUGUUAAAGAGGCAGCUAUUCAGGCCAUAAAGGAUGGGAAGAAUCAAUAUGCUCGUGGGUUCGGGGUCCCGGAUUGCAAUGCUGCCAUUGCUGAGCGAUUCAAGAAGGACACUGGUCUUGUAGUGGACCCCGACAAAGAGAUUACCGUCACCUCAGGCUGCACAGAAGCCAUAGCAGCAACAAUGUUGGGCUUGAUAAAUCCUGGUGAUGAAGUGAUUGUCUUUGCUCCUUUCUACGACUCCUAUGAGGCUACACUAUCAAUGGCAGGUGCCCAAGUCAAAUCCAUAACUCUGCGCCCCCCAGAUUUUGCUGUUCCACUGGAUGAGUUCAAAUCUGCCAUAUCGAAGAAUACCCGUGCAGUUCUUAUCAACACUCCACAUAAUCCAACUGGCAAGAUGUUUACUAGGGAAGAACUGGACACUAUUGCAUCACUCUGCAUUGAGAAUGAUGUGCUGGUUUUUUCUGACGAGGUCUAUGAUAAGUUGGCCUUUGAAGCCGAUCACAUCUCUAUGGCAUCACUUCCUGGGAUGUACGAGAGAACAGUGACCUUGAACUCUUUAGGGAAGACCUUCUCAUUAACCGGGUGGAAGAUCGGGUGGGCCAUAGCUCCCCCUCACUUAACGUGGGGAGUGAGACAGGCACAUUCUUACCUCACUUUUGCUACAUCUACUCCAAUGCAGUCGGCAGCUGCUGUAGCACUUCGAGCCCCAGAUUCUUACUACGAGGAGCUGAGAAGGGACUACUCGACAAAGAAGGAGAUUCUGGUUAAAGGGUUGAAGGAUGUUGGCUUCAAAGUAUUCCCAUCGAGCGGGACCUACUUUGUGGUGGUCGAUCAUACCCCUUUUGGCCUUGAAAACGAUAUUGCAUUUUGUGAGUAUUUGAUUAAAGAAGUUGGUGUGGUGGCAAUUCCGACGAGCGUUUUCUACUUGAAUCCAGAAGAUGGGAAGAACUUGGUGAGGUUCACCUUCUGCAAAGAUGAGGGAACGUUGCUGAGCGCUGUGGAGAGAAUGAAGGAGAAACUGAAGCGAAACUGAGACCACUGUUAUAUGUAGAUUGUAGCUUUUCUUUCGGAAUGUGGAGAAUUUGGCACCUGAUGUAUGCUUAUUAAUGCGUUGGAAGGCUAGAGGUCGGCCGAACUCAUUUCUGAUUACCUAUUGCGCAAUAAGCAGGACCGUGUUCUUUCGAAACGGUCAUUUUCUCCCAUUUGUGAUGGUAGCAUGAUGUAAAACAUGACCACCAAGUUGACAGAGUAGAGUUCCCAAAAUCCCAGAGUUUAAAUUGCGCAUUACACUGUUGAAGCAAAACUAGAACAUUGUUUACCAGCAAAAACCAAAUCAAUCAAGUUUUAAACACACCAAUCUAAAAAAAGCAUUAUCCUGAACAAGCUACAACUGCCUUCUACAUGUCGAAAGUUUAUUAUUACAUGCCGUUAACAUGGGCUUCCAAGAAACGAGCACUCAGCUUCGAUUUCGCAAUUCUACAUA